AUGGCCAACUUCCUCGCCUCCAUCUUCGGCACGGAGCUCGACAAGGUCAACUGCUCCUUCUACUUCAAGAUCGGCGCCUGCCGCCACGGCGACCGCUGCUCGAGAAAACACGUCAAGCCCAGCUACUCGCAGACCAUCCUCAUGCCCAACCUCUACCAGAACCCGGCCUACGACCCAAAGAACCGCAUGAACCCGUCCCAGCUGCAGAACCACUUUGACGCCUUUUACGAGGAUAUCUGGUGCGAGCUCUGCAAGUACGGCGAGCUCGAGGAGCUCGUGGUGUGCGACAAUAACAAUGACCACCUCAUAGGAAACGUCUACGCCCGCUUCAAAUACGAAGACUCUGCCCAAAAGGCCUGCGACGACCUCAACUCGCGGUGGUACGCCGCCCGCCCCAUAUACUGCGAGCUCUCCCCCGUCACCGACUUCCGCGAGGCCUGCUGCCGCCUCAACUCGGGCGAGGGCUGCGUCCGCGGCGGCUUCUGCAACUUCAUCCACCGCAAGAACCCCUCCGAGGACCUCGACCGCGACCUCACCCUCAGCACCAAGAAGUGGCUCAAGGACCGCGGCCGCGACGAGAGGAGCCCGUCUCGCUCGCCUACCCCCGAACCCACGCGCCGUCGGUACUAA